UAAGCCCUUUAAUUAUUAAGCACUUCUACACCUCUCAGCAGAGAGAGAGGGUCCCAUGUCUGCAAUCCAUUUCUUCCCAGCCACACCCAUGGCGACCAUAUCUACAGCCAAGGCCACACCGUUCAAGAAUCUCGAAUCUUGCUCAACCAUGGCCGAGCUCAAACAGCACCACGCCCAAAUCAUCAAGCUCGGCCUCUCCUCCGACAACGACGCCGUCGGCCGCGUCAUUAAAUUCUGCUCCCUCUCCCAAUCCGGCGAUUUGAACUAUGCCCACCAGCUGUUUGAUUAUUUGCCCCACCCAGAUGCUUUUAUAUACAACACCAUGUUCAGAGGCUAUUUACAAGCACAAUUGCACAGAAACUGCAUUAUCUUGUACGCCCAUAUGCUGGAAAGAUUCGUCACCCCAAAUAAGUUCUCUCUUCCUCCCGUUAUACGAGCUUGUUGCUCCGACGGUGCUAUUGAAGAAGCUAAGCAAGUGCAUGCUCAUGUCGUUAAACUCGGGUUCGCCCGGGAUUCGUAUUGUCAGAACAAUUUGAUUCAUAUGUACGUAAAUUUCAAUUCGUUGGAGGAAGCAAGAAGGGUGUUCGAUAAAAUGGAUAAAAAGGACGAUGUUUCUUGGACUACGUUAAUCAGUGGCUAUUCGCAGUACGGAUCUGUAGACGAAGCAUUGUCCGUUUUCGAAUCGAUGCCCGUUAAGAAUUCUGCAGCAUGGAAUGCUGUGAUUGCAGCACACGUGCAGAAUAACAGAUUUCACGAGGCGUUUAGUUUGUUCAGUAGGAUGAGAAACGAAAACGUGGCGAUGGAUAACUUUGUGGCCGCGAGCAUGUUAGCAGCUUGUACAAGGCUCGGUGCAUUGGACCAAGGCGAGUGGAUACACAACUACAUUAAAACCCGUUCGAUCGAAGUGGACCCCAAAUUAGCAACUACAAUUAUCGACAUGUACUGCAAAUGCGGUCGCAUAGACAAGGCUUACGAGGUAUUCGAUAGCUUGUCUAGCAAAAAGGUUUCAUCUUGGAACUGCAUGAUUGGAGGAUUAGCAAUGCACGGUAAAGGUAAAGACGCAAUUGCCCUUUUAAAGAAAAUGGAGGCGGAGAAAACAGUAACUCCCGAUUAUGUCACGUUUGUAAACGUGCUUAGCGCUUGUGCGCAUUCGGGUUUAGUACAAGAAGGAAGGUACUAUUUCUCUUACAUGACUGAAGUUUAUAGUAUUGCUCCAAGAAUGGAGCAUUACGGAUGUUUGGUCGAUUUACUAGGAAGAGCUGGAUUAUUAGAGGAGGCGAAAAAAGUUAUAAACGAAAUGCCGAUGAGAGCUGAUGUAGGUGUUCUAGGUGCUCUUUUGGGAGCUUGCAGAAUCCAUGGAAAUAUCGAUAUAGCAGAGGAAAUAGGGAAGCAGGUCAUCGAACUCGAGCCAGAAAAUAGCGGGCGCUACGUUUUAUUGGCUAAUUUAUACGCGAAAGCCGGUAGAUAUGAUGAGGUGGCGAGUAUUCGAAAGUUGAUGAACGACAGAGGAGUGAAGAAGGUAGCUGGAUUCUCCAUGAUCGAGUUCGAAGGUACCGUGAGUGAGUUCAUUGCAGGUGGGAGAAACCAUUUACAUGCGAAGGAGAUUUACGAAAAAGUCGAAGAAAUGAUGGCUCGUAUUAGAGAAGAGGGCUAUGUGGCGGAUAACGAUGGAGUUGUGUACGAGGAAGAUUUGGAGAAUUCGUUGAAUUAUCAUAGUGAGAAAUUGGCUAUUGCGUAUGGAUUGUUGAAGACGAAAGCAGGGGAGACGAUUCGAGUGACGAAGAAUUUGCGUGUGUGUAGGGAUUGCCACGUGGCGAGUAAGUUGAUAUCGAUGGUUUACGAUAGGGAGAUUGUUGUGAGGGAUAGGAAUAGGUUUCACCAUUUUAGAGGUGGAUUGUGUUCUUGUAAUGAUUACUGGUAAUGGUUGUAAUAUGAUAGGUAACCAAGGAUGCUCUGUUUUACUAUUGAAAAAUGCGCUCCGAUUUCGAUCGCUA